AUGGCUUCUCAUCCCUACCGCCAGAAAGCCGCCACGGCGCCGUAUCCCGUCGAUGACAUCGAGCCGGAAUCCCCCAUCCAAAACCCCAAUUCCGAGGGUUAUGCAACUCCUCUCGAGCAAGCGUCAAAUUCUCCAGGAUACCCGUCACAUACGCCUGCAUCCCCUCCUCCGAUAUUUGCAUCACCAACGACGGCCGCUGCCGCCGGAAUGGACCUGUCACAAACCCCACUUUCGGCCACGUCGUCGCUCACAAAUUUGGCGCUCAAUCCGAACCCAAAUGCCUCCGACCGCCCGGCUGUGACACCCCCUAGGUUGACAGAGUCGGAAAGCAAUCUUGUGCCGUCACCAAGUCCGAGGUGGGGCCAUAACCGGUCGGUUUCUUCCACUUCGUCGUUUUUUUAUGACCGGGAAAACUUGAGUGUGGUCGAUUUGGAUAACAAUUUGAUUCGUCAAUACCUCGGAAAUAACAAUAGUUCGUUGGUUCCAAGAUUUAAAACCAUCGAAUUGUACCGGCAAAACGCGAAAAAAACCAACGAUCCGACGGUAUUGUUCCAAUAUGCACAGUAUAUGCUCCAGACCGCAUUGAUGAUGGAAAGCAAUGCCGGUGCAAAUUCUCCGGGGGUGACCCCGUCGCAGUCGGGUGAAACUUCGCCUUACCGCGGUCCUGCUGCUGCAACCGAAUCGGAAUCGCGGUUUCGCCUCAAUCAUAGCAAAACCAGGUCACUCUCAUCCGACCUCACCAAGGCCAAUUCCGAUUCCGGUGUUGUUGAUGAGAAAAAGAUGCGCCGCGCCAUCCUUCGUGAGGCCCACUUUUACCUUAAAAAGCUUGCCGACAAGGGAUACGCCGAGGCGCAAUACUUGCUUGCAGAUGCAUUCAGUUCCGGUGCAUUUGGCAAGCCGGAAAACAAAGAAGCAUUCAGUCUUUUCCAGUCGGCUGCAAAAAAGGGACAUGUAGAAUCGGCGUACCGGACAUCACAUUGCUACGAGGAGGGAUUGGGUACUGGACGUGAUGCACGUAAGGCAUUGGAUUACCUCAAAAUGGCUGCAUCUCGUAAUCAUACAGCUGCAAUGUAUAAAUUGGGAGUGUACAUGUUUCAUGGUCGCAUGGGUCUCGGACAAGAUGACAACACCAAAAAAAUGGGAAUCAAGUGGCUUACACGUGCAGCUACUGCUGCCACAGAAUUGACUGCGGCAGCACCUUAUGAACUUGGAAAAAUAUAUUUGGAAGGGUUCAAAGAUAUUGUCAUUGUUGACCGAAAGUAUGCAUUGGAACUUUAUUCGCAGGCGGCUGCAUUUGGCCACAUACAACUGGCAGCAGCCCUCGGCCAUUUUUACGAGGUUGGCGACACGGUUCCACAGGAUGCAAACUUGUCGAUCCAUUAUUAUACCCAAGCGGCAUUGGGUGGAGAUCCGGCCAGUAUGCUCGCUAUGGGUGCAUGGUACUUGGUCGGAAGUGAUCCGUAUCUCCCCAAAGAUGAAAGUGAAGCAUUCGAAUGGGUUAAGCGUGCAGCUGCAUGUGGGCUACCUAAAGCAGAGUUUGCAAUGGCUAAUUUUUACGACAAGGGGAUCGGGUGCAUAAAAAAUGACGCUGAGGCUCAGACAUGGUACUUGCGUGCGGCUGAACAUGGCGAAGCCAAAGCGGUGUCGCGAAUUCACGACAAGCAAGUGGCGGCAAAACUCCAAAAGAAGAUUAAAAAGAGUUCCGGCCUGGCCGAAAAGGACUGCGUCAUCAUGUAA